AAUUUCCUCUUUCUAAUUCCUUAACAUCCCUUUCUUUCUUGUUUUUGCAACCGGGCGAAUUCGAAACUUCACCAACCUCAACCGGCAGUCCUCGCUCCCGGCCAGUACUUUCCUUUCCUGUCCAGCCCACAGGUAUGGACAUGGGAGCGGAGCGGCCAGAGCAGCCCCGCCCCAUUCUGCCCAGCCUGAAAGAACUCUGCAUCCGCGUCGUUUACAACAAUCUCCCUAGCGUCACAAGCUUCGGCCAGAUGUCAUACGAGACGGUCAAACCGUUCCUCAUACGUAUGGAUGCACAGCAACUUCAUCGGGUGGAGGAAAACUCGCCGCAUCUGAUCGAUCUAGACGAAGAAAUAUGGAAGGCCCUCUGCACCAGCGAGUUCAUCGAGAUUCGCCGAGCAGUCGACAGCGGUCAAUUCGAUCUCCCCGGCUCCUGGCGCGAGGUGUACGAUGAGGCAGAGUCAGCCCGUGAUGCCAAAUUCGCUCUGCUGCAGGAGAAGAUGAAGAACAACUACAAGGCCCUCGCCCACGAGAAGGAAGCGAAGCAGAUCAAGGUGAUUGAAAAGGCCCCUCCGGCCAAACGACGUGCAUUUUCAUGUGCGUCGAUCGUACCAUUCCUGUUCCCCAGUUCGUUCUCACGCAACCCCUUCUUCAGCUGCGGGGGGAAGGCCGACAGCCGGUCAUUCACUUAUGCAGAAAGCCCGGCGUGCCGCCGUGGCAAACAACCGUCAAUUCGGUCACUCGGUGCCUCCCACGUCCGUUUAUAAACGGCCAGGCCCAUCAUCGCCAUCCUCAGGCAGUACCCUCUCGCGUUUAUCCCACGGGUCGAAUGUAACACCCCUAUUCAAUCCUACGAUCACCUCUUCAUCUGCUUCACGACCAAGCUCCGCCGACGCGCCAUCUUCAUCAUCAAGAAUCAACGCUUCUUUCUUCUCGGGGUCGAGAACAAGGUCGUCAGCCGCAGGCGCACCGUCACGGCCCGCCCUUCCUAAAUCCGGCAUCGGCAACGACAGAUAAAAUGCGAUGGGAGGACCGCGUUCUGUCUCCCGUACUGAUUCCGCGUUCUUCGUUCCGCAAUAAAUUCUGCGACAUGCUGGCCUCCCGAGGGCAUGGGCGGCUCUGGGUUAUGCCUUCUCCCGCCGGUAUCGCCCUCGAUACCGGGGCACCUGUCCGAUCGUGCCACCUAUUCAUGUGGACCGGUUGUAUACAU